AUGAGCGUGCCUACGCCGCCAUACGGUCGCGGCCCUCUCGACGAGCAUGAGCUGCCCCCUCACUCGAUCGAGUCGGUGCUCGCUACCCCUAUGAACGUGGGCCUCAAGCCGGCAGCACCGAUCCGCAUGGAAUACUCGGAUCUGAAGUCUAUGCCCUCGAUACUCUAUGUGCCCACUCAAGCGUCUCCGCGCCACUCGCCUGGGCUAGCCAUGCGGCACAACGAUAGUCAGGAGUCCUACGGCCCUAGAUCGAUGUGGCGGGGUGAGUCGACGCACCAACGCGUGUCGUCUCCGGAGCUCGAGACGGACGUCAGUCGCACAUCGUCCACGUCCACCAAGGGCUCUCAGGACUCGGCGAUGGACUCGUCCAUGGCGCUGCAGCUUGUCUCGGGAAUGGAGCCGAGUGCGGAAUCAACCCAGGACGCAUUGCCGGAUGACGCUUCGACUCGCAAGCGUGUCAAGCGCCUGCACGCGCUUCUGGAGCUGCUGGAGACGGAGCGGAACUAUGCGCGCGACCUGAGCGUGCUGAACCAUGUGUUCUUCAAGCAGCUCCGCACCGUGCCGUUUUUUGCCGAAGAGCCUGCGCGCUACCAGAUGGUCGUUCGCAAUGGACCGGCGCUGCUUGCGCUGCACACGGCGCUGUACACGCGCCUGUCGUCGGCGGUGGCUGCGCUGCGUCUCGGCACAAGCAGCGGGCGCUCCGAGCUCGAGCGAGCCUGCAGCGACGAUGCCGACAAGGCCACACGGGCAUUUGGCCAAGCUUUCAUUGAUCUCGCGCCUCAGUUCCGCGUAUACCAAGACUUUUGCACAAAGCACAAGGAGUCGCUCGCGCUCAUUGAUACGGUCGAGGGCCGCAGCGAGUGGGACCUGUUCCAGCAGCGGGCGUCGGAGGCCGUGCAGCGGUACGAGGACCCGAUGCUGGCGCCUACGGACGAUGCCUCAGAUACACCGCCCGAAAAGCACAAGCGUUUGCACUUUCGUGACUACUUUAUCAAACCGAUCCAGCGCAUCUGCCUAUAUCCGAUCAUCCUGCAGAACCUGGUCAAGCACGUGCCGGGCGUGGGCCGUGCCGAGCUAGAUACCGCCGCCGAAUGCAUGCGCGAGGCCGUCGCCGACGUCGACAGGGCGAGUGCCAAGCGCGCGUCGCUGCUCCUCUCAGAGCUGCUGCUCUCGCGUAUGGAACCGUCUGAGGCGUUUUCUCCGACGUUUCUCCGAUCGCUGGGCGAUGUGAAAAUGGCCGGCAACCUCGAUGUGCUAUACCACCACCCUACCAAGGCGCCGCUCACGACGCCCCUGGCGAUCAAGUACUAUGGCUGCGUGCUAUUCGCCGACUACUUUAUGAUUCUCAAGGUGCGCAAGUCGCAGACCUACGCGCCACGGUUCUUUUUCCCUAUGGCCGACGUCAAGGUGACCCACGCAGACCGUCGCGCGGUGGCGCUGCCGCAGUCGUUCCGUCUCUCGGUGCGUGGGCACCACUUUGAGAUGAUGACGUCGACGGCCAAGGAGCUCGAGCUCUGGAAAGAGGCCCUGCAUACCGUCAUGGAGCAGGGGCCCUCUCGCACACGCCGCCUGCAUGGCAUGGACGUCCCGUUCCCGUGCAACUUGGAGGGGGACUCGGCGCCCGAGCGGGAGAACGAGCUGGACCCCCUGUCGCUGUACCUCAGCACGCAGUCGCUCGCCGAGGCAGAGCAGAGACGUGGGCGCCUAUCCAGCACACACUCGGAGAUUUUGCUGCGCCAAAAGUCGCCGCCGCGGCGCGCGGCCAAGGACCGCAGCAUGAUUUUUUCGGAUGCGUGCAUUUCUGCGCGCACGUCGCUUGAUACCGACGGGUCUCGCGCACACACCACGCUCGUCAGCCCCCGUGUCGGCUUGCACCGACUCAGCGGAAGCGAGUACGUGUCUGUGCGCAUACCCACCGCCGAGAAGGCGUCCUUGGGCUCGGCGCCCGAGUCGCUCUGCUCGUCGCCUGUCCUGGCGCCCGUGUCCACUGAGACGGAUGCAGCACCGACGCGCACCGCGCAUUCUCGGCGUGAUAGCGGCGAGGCAUUGCCGUCGCUCAGCCGGCGCAACUCGUCGGCUCUGCUCGUGCCACUGCGCGCGACGCUCACCAGCGGCGGCGACGCAGAGACACCCCGCCGAUCGGGUAGCCCCGAGGGCGGCGUGCCGCACCGCAGCCCCUCCAUGACAUCCCUCACACGCCACGCGCUAGGGCGCAAGGUCGGCGGCUGGAUCACGUACCAGCGCGGCUCUAGCGCGGCCGACGAGGCUGGGCCUACGAUGGCCGACAGCGAGGCCCCGUCGCCCACCCUCAGCCCCACUCCGCCAUGGGCGUCCCUGGCGGGCAGCCGCCCGAUGGCGUCGACGCGCUCGCGCUCGUCGCGCUCCUCGAUGGACUCCGGCUCGACCGAGCCGGGUCUCGAGGCGCCCGAGAAGGAGCCGUCGACGACGACUGGGGAUGCCGCUACGUCGAUCGGCUCCGUUUCUUCCAGCUGA